AUGAGUCUGGUCUUGGAGUAUGCAAAAGAUUUGUUGGAAACAGCUUGUGUGAGACUCUCAAACCAUUGUCUUUUGAUGAUUUGCUGGUUCUGGCAAACACAGCAUCGGUUGCUUUUCAUCGAGAAGGGUCACAGGCUAAUGGAUCUGAGGAACUGGUGGCUGCAGCAGAGGAGUAUACAUGUAAGAGAAAAAGGAUUGAAUGAUGGUAAGCAGAGAGAAGAUGGGGAUGUGGAUCAUGGAGGAAGUUGGUUUGGGUUACCUGAAGAGCUGCAGAGUAACCGAGAGGUGAUGCAACAAAGAGGUUUAGCAGGAUCAGCGAAUGUUGUUGAAGUAGCUAAACCCAACGGUGAUCCUUCUGAUGGUUGUCGAGAAGACAGAUUGUUUGAGAAGAAGUAUGUCCGGAAGAAAAGAGUGAAUCACAACAAGGAGCACAUGGAAUCUACAUCAGUUGGAGCGGUUGCAGGAAGUUCUAAUAUUGGCCACAAAUCUUCAAGCUUAAUCAAUGUGGAUGAUGCACAGAGUUAG